AUGUUGGCAAGUGUUUUGAUUAUUCUUUGCUUAUUUCAUCAUCAUACUGUUGCAUUCAAUAUGGUAUCUGAUGAAGAAGAUACAAGAGACUUAGGAAUAAGAUUUAAACAAGCAAUUAAAGAUGCUAUUAAAAAAAUUGAUAAUGCCGCUACUACCGCUCUUCGUUGUCGUCAAUUACAUGCUAAAUUAUGGGAUAUGGAAAGUAUUGAUGAAUUUGCUUUUGUUCUCAAUCGAAUAUACACUGAAACACAAUCAUAUGAUAGUCCUCGUAUUGCUAUUAAUUUUACUCAAGGCAGACGUUUAUUAAAUUUACGAAAAAAAAUUUAUGAACAACAAUAUUUAUUUAUUAAUAAUAUAAAUGAAUAUUCAUUAAUAUAUAAACCAUUAAUAGAUUUACCAGCAAGAAAUACUUGUUUAAUUAUUGAUAUAAGUAAAGCAACAAGACGUGUAUCAUUAGAAGAAAAAUUUCGUUUAGAAAGACGAAGUGAUCAUUAUAUAUGUAAAAUAAAAAUUAAUAGUUGUUAUAAUAAUACACGUUGUGGUCAACAUGGAAAAUGUAAAAAUUUAGUAUCGAAAUAUAUAUGUAUUUGUAAUUUUAUGUAUACUGGUGAUCAUUGUGAAACAUUGAGUAAUCGUGGUAUACAAUCGAUUAUUGGUAUUAUUUUUAUUUGUUUGGCAAGUUUUAUACUUAUAUUUCUUCCAAAAUUUCAUGUAUUGUAUCAAUUAAAAGAUAAAAGAAAAAGUUCAAUGCAGACAAAAGAUUAUUCACGAGAAAAUUUUUAUUCGAUACCAAAUUUAUCUUCUAAUGAAUUACUUAAACAAGAUGAUUUAACAAUAUCAACACGACAUAUUAUUGUUGAUAUUCGUCGUUUAUCAAUUAAUUCAUCAAAAUCAUCAAUAAUUUUUUUUCGUCAUAAUUAUUUCUAUUAUAUUUAUCGUUUAUUUAUUUGUUUAUUAACAAUUUUAUUUGCAACAUUUUGUUGUUAUACAAUAUAUGAAUUUAAAAUUGAAAAUUUAAAAUCAAUAAAUAUAACAAAUAAUAAAGUUUCUACCUUUUCCUCAUCAUCAUCAUCAUCAUCAUCACCAUCAUAUAUAUGUAAAUUAUUUCAAUCAAAAUUAAAUUUAUAUUAUGAAAUUCCUGUUAAUUAUAUAUCAUUAAUUAUUUUAUUAAUAUUAAUAUUAAUAUUAAUAAUAUUUGAAAAUAUAUCAAAAACUAAAAAAAAAUUUAAAUCAUUUUAUUAUCAUUUAACAAUACCAAUGAUAUUUAAUUCUCAUUCACAUAUAUAUCGUUUUGAAUCAGCAGCUGUUUUUGGUAUAAUAUCAUUAGAAAUUUUACAUAUAUUUGAUGAAUUUAUUAUAAAUGGUACAAAACAUUUUUAUCGAGGACCAUUAAUUGAUUUAAUAUUACAAUUUGGUAUUGGUCUUAUGUUAGGUUUAAGAUAUUUUCCAAUAUUAUCUAUAUUUGAACAAGAAAAUAAUUAUGAAAAUCGUUUAGCUAAUAUUAUUUCUUAUGCAUUAGCAACUAUUUAUUUAUAUUGUGAAAUAAUAUUUAAAUUACAAUCAGAUAUUAAUUGUAUGAUUAAUCAAAAUAAAUUAUCAAUGAUUAAAGAAAUAUUUAGUAAAUUUAAUCAUAUGGGUAUUAAUAUUAAACAAUAUUUAAUGAUACAAUUAGGUGCUAAUCGAACAAAUCAAUUAAAUGAAACUUAUCAAAAUACACAAUUAUGGUUUAAUGAACAAAUAAAAAAUCAAAUAAUUAAUUCUACAUAUGAUGAUAGAAGUGAUAUUGAAAAUGAUUUAUCACGUUUAAAUUAUUCAUUAGAAUUAAAUAAACAAAGUAUUUUUUAUAAUACAUUAAGAUAUGCACCAUAUUAUUAUUUUAUGGUUUUUUUGGCUGUUCGUUUAACAUUUAUGUUUUUAAAUACAUUUCGAAAAACAAUAAAUAAAAAUUCAUUUACAAUAAAAAAUUCUCCACGUUGGAAAUAUGUUAAAUAUAAUCUAUUAAAAUCAUAUAAUCAUAUUCAUAAUAAUAAUAAUAAUCAACAUGAAUAUUCACGUUUAUUUCGUUUUUUAAAUUAUUUAAUAUUUAUAUUUAAACAACAUAUUUAUACAAUACGUCCUUAUUUUCGUUAUUCAAAAUUAAUUAUUUGUAUAUAUACAAGUGCAUUUACACUUAUUUAUUAUUUUACAUUUUGGAUACAAGAUCAUACAUAUAUAUUAACAAAAAAAUUAUUAUUAUUUCUUAAUUUAAUUUUAUGCGCUUUAGCUGAUUUAUCAAAAGAUUUAUGUUAUAAUUUAAAUCUUGAUCAUAUUCAUCGUGAUAUUAAAUAUAUUUGUUUAUUAACAGCAUUUAUAACAUGUUUACAAUUAUUUUUUGGUUUAAAACAUUAUCAAAAACAAAUGUGUAAUGCUUAUCGUGGAAUAUUUAAUGAUAUUCCAACAACAAAACAAAUUUCAUCAAUUACUAUUAUUAGUAAAUCAAUACAUUAUCCAGGUCGUUUUAUGGGUUCAUUAGUUUAUAGUUAUGGUUUUUUAUUUUUAUUUGUUUCAAUAUUUUAUAUAUUAUCUCGGUAUAUUCUUUAUUCAAUAAUUGUUAUUGAAUAUGUAGCUAAAUUAUUCUUACCAAUGAUAAUAUUUUUAUUAUUUCAAUUAUUAUUUGUACGUCUUUUAUGUAAAUUAUUAUUUGUAGAAAAAUCUCAUUUACUUACAUUACGUAAUCUACGUCUUUAUUAUACAUUUUCAUAUUUUUGUUUUUUUUUCGAUUGUUUUUUGGGUUUUAUAAUGUGUUUAACACGUAUAGUAAAAGCAUUUAUAUGUUCAAUUAUAUUUUUUGCACGUUUGGAUUAUUCACCAUAUGGUCGUGGUUUAGAAAUGUAUGAUUCAUCUUAUGCAUCAUAUGUAAGUUUUUUUCAUAUAGAAAAAAAUCAACGACAUCCUGUUUUAAAUGUAUUUAUUGAUAUUAUUCGAGAACGUCUUAUUGAUAUAAGAAAAUUAAAAUAUAAAUUAUCAAUUGGAAAAAUUCAUCAUACAUAUGAACAAAAUAAAUUAUCACAAAUAAGACGUUUUCGUUGGGCAUUAGCUUAUACAUUAAUUAAAAAUGAACAAUUAAAACGUUAUCGAAAACAUCGUUUAUGUUUAAUUAAAACAACACAAUCGAAAACAUUAGAAAAAAUUUUUGAUAAAAUUGGUUUAUCACAAACAUUACCAAGACACUAUUAG